CAAGCGAAUCGAUUAGGCAAACGCGUAUUAAACGUUAUUUACUAUAAAUAUUGUACGUUUGACCUGCGAAUCGUUUAAAUGGGACGAAAUGUGCCCACGUUUUAAUGUGAUCGAAGAAAAUGAUCGAUUGAAUGACAUGUGACUCAUUUGACAUGUCAGCCCGUCACUGAAUUUCUUCACAGCUUAUGACGUGUAGGGAGGGGGCCGAGCAAUAUGAGGGCUGCUCUCGUUAAAGUUGAAGUCAUCUGGAUGGAUGCUCUCACUCCCCCACACACCGUCAGUCGGAGGCCGACGCCGUGCCGCAGAAGUCCAUCUUCGGGCGCUCAACAACUUCAAUUUUGACGUGGAUUUACGCGGCGGAGACGCAUGGCACAGCCCGCCGGAAAAUACCAAACAUGACGCCGCUGCUGACUUCGAGUGACUUUUGAGAGAAAACAGGCAAAGGACGAAAGGUAAACGGAAGGAAAGCGAGACUUAUGUUUGGCAUCAAGCCGGUCGUUUCUCCACCACUCCAACCAGUGCCGUACUUGACCGCUUGGAACGAGCGUCAUGAGCCGCGGAGAGGCGCCGGGAUGUUGCCUGCUGUUGGCCGUGUGCUGCUGCCUUCUCCCGGCGUGUAGAAGCAACAUCACGGUGGCGGUGAUGCUGCCGGACAACCACCACAAGUACCCGUGGGCUCUGCCGCGAGUCUUCCCGGCCAUCCUCAUGGCGCACGAAGAUCUGCACGGCAAACACGGGCUGCUCCUGGGCCGCUCCAUCAACAUCCUCAACUACAGCACCGAGGACCCGGCGGCGCGUUCGUGCGCCGAGAGCCGAGCCCAGGUGGUGGCCGUGGACGCCAAACUCUACAUCCGCCCGGACGCGUUCUUCGGGCCCGGCUGCGUGUACCCGCUGGCCUCGGUGGGGCGCUUCGCGUCCCACUGGAAGCUCCCGCUCAUCACCGCCGGAGGACCCGCGUACGGCUUCGACAAGCGCGACGAGUACCGAACCAUCGUGCGCAGCGGGCCGUCCACCACCAAGCUGGGCGACUUCACCAACAUGCUGCACACGCAUUUCAACUGGACGUCCCGCGCCGUGGUCAUCUUCCACGACUUGAGGCACGACGACCGGCCGCACUACUUCCUCUCGGAGGGCAUCUACCUGAAGUUGAAGGAGGAGAUGAACAUCACGGUGGAGGCCCAGCCCUAUGAAGACGACUUCAAGUACUACAAGGAGCUCAUCGCCUUCAUGAAGGAGCGGGGCAGAAUUGUGUACAUAUGCGGACCCCUGGACACCUUCCUGAACAUCAUGAAACUCUUCCACAGCGAGAUCCCGGACCCAGAAAACUACGCCAUUUUUUAUUUGGAUGUUUUUGCCGAAAGUUUGACAGAACGCAAACCCUGGCAGAACUCUGAUCUCGAGUGGGACGAUCCCGUCAAGGUCUUUAAGUCCGUUUUCAUUAUAACAUACCGACCUCCUGAUAAUCCAGAGUACAAAGAAUUUCAGAGGCGACUCCACGCAAGAGCGCAGCAGGAUUUUGGUGUACAUUUGGAACCAUCACUGAUGGACUACAUCGCCGGCAGCUUCUAUGAUGGCUUUGUGCUGUACGCAAAGGCCUUGGACGAAACGCUGGCUGAAGGCGGAGCUCAAAACGACGGCAUCAACAUCACAAUGAGAACACAAAACCGCCAAAUCUGGGGGGUGACGGGUCUUGUUACCACAGACCACAAAAAUGCCAGGGAUAUAGACAUCAACCUUUGGGCCAUGACCAACCAGGACACGGGAGAGUAUGGGCUGGUUGCUUACUACAACGGAACCAUGAAAGAGAUCAUUUGGUCCCAGACAGAGAAGAUCCACUGGCCCAGUGGGGGCCCACCGCUGGAUAACCCACCCUGUGUGUUUUCCACGGAUGACCCCUCCUGCAAUGACGGUCAGCUGCCCGUUCUGGGAAUUGUGGCGGUGGGAUCUGGCUUGGCGCUCAUCAUUUUUGGAAUCUCCAGUUUCCUCAUUUACAGGAAACUCAAGUUGGAGAAAGAGCUCGCCGGAAUGCUGUGGAGGAUUCGCUGGGAGGACCUCCAGUUUGAGAGCCCCAAUAAAUACCACAAACGAGCCGGCAGUCGUCUCACGCUCUCGCAGAGAGGCUCCAGCUACGGCUCUCUGAUAACCGCUCAUGGAAAAUAUCAGCUCUUUGCAAAAACGGGCUAUUUUAAGGGCAACCUGGUGGCUAUCAAACAUGUCAACAAGAAGAGAAUCGAGCUCACCAGACAAGUUUUGCUGGAACUCAAACAUAUGAGAGAUGUCCAGUUUAACCAUCUCACCCGCUUCAUCGGAGCCUGCAUCGACCCUCCCAACAUAUGCAUUAUAACGGAGUACUGUCCCAGAGGCAGUCUGCAGGAUAUUCUGGAGAAUGAGAGCAUCAACCUGGACUGGAUGUUCCGCUACUCACUGAUCAAUGACAUCGUGAAGGGCAUGAACUACCUUCACAACAGCUAUUUUGGCUGCCAUGGAAAUCUGAAGUCAUCUAAUUGUGUGGUGGACAGCCGAUUUGUGUUGAAAAUCACCGAUUAUGGAGUGGCCUGCUUCCGCUCGUCCUGCGAAAACGAUGACUCUCAUGCUCUCUAUGCGAAGAAGCUGUGGACAGCUCCCGAGCUCCUGAUAUACGACCACCAUCCUCCUCAGGGGACACAAAAGGGUGACGUGUACAGUUUUGGCGUCAUCCUGCAAGAAAUAGCCUUAAGGAAUGGGCCUUUCUAUGUGGAAGGCAUGGACCUCAGCCCUAAAGAGAUUGUGCAGAAGGUCAGAAACGGCCAGAAGCCAUACUUUCGGCCCACGACGGAUACGAGAUGUCACUCGGAGGAGCUGACCAUCCUGAUGGAGGGUUGCUGGGCCGAGGACCCUGCGGAGAGGCCCGACUUCGGCCACAUCAAGAUCUACAUGGCCAAACUCAAUAAGGAAGGCAGCACCAGUAUCCUUAACAACCUGCUAUCCAGAAUGGAACAGUACGCUAACAAUCUGGAGAAUCUGGUGGAGGAGCGAACGCAAGCUUACCUGGAGGAGAAAAGGAAAGCGGAAAAUCUUCUCUAUCAAAUUUUACCACAUUCUGUAGCAGAGCAGCUAAAGCGAGGCGAGACGGUCCAGGCGGAAGCCUUCGACAGCGUCACCAUCUACUUCAGCGACAUCGUGGGCUUCACGUCCAUGUCUGCGGAGAGUACGCCGCUUCAGGUGGUCACGUUGCUCAAUGACCUGUACACCUGUUUUGACGCCAUCAUUGACAACUUUGAUGUUUACAAAGUGGAGACCAUUGGCGACGCCUACAUGGUGGUGUCAGGUCUGCCUGUGCGGAACGGGAAACUCCACGCCCGCGAGAUCGCCGGGAUGUCACUGGCAUUGCUGGAGCAAGUGAAAACGUUCAAGAUCCGACACAGACCCAACGACCAGCUGAGACUCAGGAUAGGUAUCCACACAGGUCCAGUCUGUGCUGGAGUGGUUGGUUUGAAAAUGCCCAGAUACUGUUUGUUUGGGGAUACUGUCAACACGGCAUCCCGAAUGGAGUCGAAUGGAGAGGCUCUGAAGAUCCACGUCUCGUCAGCUACCAAAGAAGUAUUGGACGAGUUCGGCUACUUUGAUCUACAGUUACGAGGAGAUGUUGAAAUGAAAGGCAAAGGUAAAAUGAGAACCUACUGGCUUCUCGGGGAGAAGUCUGAUGUGUAUGUUAUCUGAGAGGCGGAGACGACAUCAGAAUAUCCGGUGGCCGAGCCACUGCUUUAUUUGUUCUAGAAUAAGUCUUUUGUGUGAGAUUUCCAUGCAGAGGAACAUCAACCAUACACCCAAAAACGGAGGAAAUUCCAGGUAUUUUUAUGACCUGAAUGCUGCAACUACAAAACAAAAACAUGAUGGUUGUUUUUUUUUGGGGGGUUUUUGUAUGAAGACAUUUUCUGUCCUCGGAGUGAGUACUUUUCACAGAAAAUAUCUUAUUUUUUGUGCUUUCUAUAUUCCAAUUUGUAUAAUGUGUUUUGAAGUCAAUGGUGUAUGAAUAUUUCCUUGGAUCACCUUUUGAAGACAGUGUUUAUCUACACUGCUGGCAGGCUUUCAUAGUGCUAUACAGAACAACGCAAGAUAUGUAUAUAUAUGUAUAGCCAAGAUACUGUAAAAUAUUUUGUUCAAUAAACUCAUUAAAAUGUU